AUGAAGAAUCGCUCGGUGGUGACUGAAUUUAUCCUGCUGGGCAUCCCACACACAGAGGGUCUGGAGACCAUGCUCUUUGUCCUGUUUUUGUCCUUCUACGUCUUCACACUGAUUGGGAACCUGCUCAUCAUACUUGCAAUUGUCUCCUCUACUCGGCUUCACACUCCCAUGUACUUCUUUUUGUGCAAGCUAUCAAUUUUUGACAUCUUUUUCCCUUCAGUGAGCUCCCCCAAGAUGCUGUUCUACCUCUCAGGGAAUAGCCGAGCUAUCUCCUACACAGGCUGUGUGUCCCAGCUCUUCUUUUACCACUUCCUGGGCUGCACUGAAUGCUUCCUGUUCACUGUGAUGGCCUAUGACCGCUUUGUGGCCAUAUGCUACCCUCUGCGCUACACAGUCAUCAUGAGCCAUAGGGUGUGUGCCAUCCUAGCCUCAGGAACCUCAUAUUUUGGCUGUAUUCAGGCCAUCUUUCUAACCACUCUCACUUUCCAGUUGCCAUACUGUGGUCCCAAUGAGGUGGACUAUUACUUUUGUGAUAUCCCAGUGAUGCUGAAGCUGGCCUGUGCAGACACUUCAGUGUUGGAGAUGGUGGGGUUGAUCAGUGUUGGUCUCAUGCCCUUCAGCUGCUUCCUUCUCAUUCUCACCUCCUACAGUCGCAUUGUCUACUCCAUCUUGCAGAUCCGCUCUGCGGAGGGUCGCCGCCGUGCCUUCUCUACCUGCAGCGCUCAUCUCACUGCCAUCCUUCUUUCCUACAUGCCGAUAGCAGUCAUCUAUCUGCAGCCCACCCCCAAGCCCUGGCUUAAUGCAACUGUUCAAGUCUUGAACAACCUGGUCACUCCUAUGCUGAACCCCUUGAUCUACAGUCUCCGGAAUAAAGAGGUCAAAUCAUCUCUAAGAAAGGUUCUACAUCAGUUGGGCUUCCUUCCUGAGCCGCUGUAG